AUGGCAUGCAGGAUUCCCGAGGUGGCCAGUCUGGUGAAGGAGGCACAGGAGGUGUUCCAGAAGGUGUUUGGAGGUGCGGCGCUGGUGGCAGCCGUGGCGCCAGGGCGAGUCAACAUUAUCGGUGAACACACGGAUUAUAAUGACGGAUUCGUGUUUCCCAUGGCACUCCCCAUGGUGACGGUGGUGGUGGGGCGGCGUGUGGAGGGUAGCCGCUGCAGAGUCCACACCACGUCCCCCAUGGCCGACAAGCCCCAUCAGGUGGAGUUCCCGGCCCCCUCUCCAUCCGCUCCCCUGCAGCCUGGCUCCCCCUCCUGGGCUAACUAUGUCAAGGGGGUGGUUGCAAAUUUUCAAGGCAGCAUUAGUGGCUUUGAUGCUGUAGUGACCACCUCAGUGCCGCUUGGGGGAGGCCUCUCAAGCAGUGCCUCCCUGGAGGUGGCCACGUACACCUUCCUAGAGGCACUCACUGGCAUCCACGCUCCGAGCCUGAGGGAGAAGGCCCUGGCGUGUCAGAGGGCGGAGCAUGACUUUGCCAACAUGCCGUGUGGAAUCAUGGACCAGUUUAUCUCCACCAUGGGCAAGCAAGGCAAUGCUCUGCUCAUUGACUGCAGGUCAAUGGAGUCCACACUGGUGCCGCUGAGUGACCCGAGUGUCACACUGGUCAUCACCAACAGCAAUGUGCGGCACACACUCUCAGGCAGCGAGUACCCGACGCGGCGCAGGCAGUGCUCUGAAGCUGCUGCCGCCCUGGGGAAGCAGAGUUUGCGGGAUGCCACCAUGAAGGACUUGGAAGAGCACAAGUCGUCCCUGAGUGAGGAGGCAUUCCGGAGAGCACGGCAUGUCAUAUCAGAGAUCGGCCGCACACAGCAGGCGGUGGAGGUGCUGAAGCGGGGUGAUUACACCACUUUUGGCAAGCUGAUGACCGACUCCCACUACUCCCUCAGGGACGACUUUGAAGUGUCAUGCCCCGAGUUGGACCAGCUGGUGGUAGCGGCAGUGGAGGUGCAGGGGGUGUUUGGCUCAAGGAUGACAGGUGGAGGCUUUGGUGGCUGUACUGUGAGUCUGAUGAAGGUGGAGAGUGUGGACAAAUUCAUUGCUCACACUCGCCAAAAAUACAAUGGAUCCCCGACUUUUUACGUGUGUUCCCCAUCAGAGGGCGCCCACAGCCUGCCCCUGUAAUGCCACAUUUGUAAUGUAGAGUACUGGUACAGAUCCUUUGUUCAGGGUUAUCCUCUCUUAGCCAGCUUAAGACAAUAGUGAAGGCAGUGCUCUUCCUUAUCUUCUAGUUCUUAUUUUCUUCUGCGACAUUGUGCUGUAAUAGAGGCAUGUUUAUUUCUUGUGGGUUUUUUUCACAUACUUUGUUUUUGAAUGAGUGAUGUGUGGUAUUUUUUUUUUUUUUGUGUUUAAUUUGAAGGUGUUUUUGAGGGAGAUUUAAAGAGUCAGAUGAAUUUAUGGAUGAGGAUGAUCAAGUGGAAAUGGGUAGGCAUGUUUCAAACAGGGACUGCCACGUGUAGGCCUGACGGCUCACUGCAGCCUUCCUUACGUUCUUGUAUUUUCUCAGUGUGUGAAGGAGGCAAGCCAAGGGAACAAAAAGAGAGGCAAAAAAGCUCCCAAGAAAAAAUAGUUCAAAUCACUGGCCAGUUUAAUUAAAGCUUGCUCAAUUUCACUUUUACAUUUGUAUUUACUUGAGUCGCUGCUUUGGAUUGUAACCAUUGUGUCUUCUUAAUAACUCACUAAUAAUUAUUACAUUAACCUGUUUGUUAUCUUUGCAUUUCAUAUUUUUGUUCUGUUAUUUCUUUUAUAAUAUACUAAUGAAUAUUCA